AAAAAGGGGUGAGAGAGGGCGAGAGCGAAAGCGAGCGAGCGUGCUAGGAAGAGGUAGUCGCUCUGCCGUACCCGCACAAAGAGGGGUGAGGGACGGGAGAUUCUAGGGUUUAGGCGGAUCUGCAGUUUCACGCCUUUCAGUCCUACCUGCGUCUCCAUUUUAUCAAUGAACUACGGGAGGCUUGCCGGCGUCGUUACCUGGGAUUCGACCAUUGAGGCUCUUCUUCCAUUUUGACGAGCCCCUCUCCUUCUCAGAGUGCAUUCAAUCAUCAUGAACUCAGACUUGCUAGAGAAUGGUAACACUAAUGAUGGAUCUUCAAAGGAGAGACGUUUUGAAAUCAAUGGAUAUGUUGAUUCAGAUGGUGUGAUUAGAUUCAAGAAGCGGAAAGUUUCUGCAAUUCGUAAUUUUCCUAAAGGCUGUGGCCGAUUUGCCCUUCUUAGUGAUGUUAAGCCACGACCCUCUCUCCCACUUGCAGAAGCUCCAAAAAUUACUGAUCUGGUGCCAAAAUGUUCGCUUACCCCAGUGCCAGCUGUACGUAAAUUCCCUAUUGGUUGUGGGAGGAAUGCCGAAAGACUCACUGAAGAAAAGCGCCAGGAAUUACUUGCUCAGAGAAAAGAUGGUGAUUAUAAGGCGAAACCAGUGAUUAAUAUCAAAUCUUCUGGUAAGGAAAUCAGGGAUCAUGAGAGAAAAACCAUAGAUGUUCAAAAAUCUAUCGCCGAGAAGAAGGGACUAGUGACACCACCAACUACUGGAACAGAAAAGAGGAAAACUGCUGUCUCUGGAAAGAAAGGAGGCAAAUCUUUAGAAUCGGCUAAGCAAAAAGUUCCUAUGUUUCCUCCGGCGGCCGAAGAUCAAGAUCAUGCAGAAGACAGAACUAACCUUGAAUUCUUCAGAGGGAAGGUGGUUGUGCAGGCUCUUAUGGCUGCUCCAAAUUGCCCAUGGAGACAGGGGAAGCGAGCUUCCAAAUCAUCCAGUACAGUCAAAGUGAAUCUGAAGAAAAAAAAAUCUACUGCAGAAGGUAAAGAAAUUGUUCCUUAUGAGAAAGAAUUGACUCCCAAUGAAGGGUUUCCUUCUGAUGACCAUAAUUAUAUGGUUGUGAGGCAUACAGAUGAAAAUGAUUGUCAUGAUUCUAAUAGCAUAAAUCCAGUUGCAGAUGGUGGAGAAACUCUUGACUUUGUUCAACCUAUUUCUAUGAGAGUUCCUGAAUCACAGGAAUGUUCACUGAGUUUAAUACCAUUCGGAUUGCCUUCUUCGAACAGCUAUGGUGAGACAGUCACCCGUAAGAAAGUCCGAGAAACACUUCGUCUGUUUAAUGCAAUUGUUAGAAAGCUAACGCAAGGAGAAGAGAUGAAGCCCAAAGGGCACAUACAUCCUGUGAAACGAGUGGAUAUUGAUGCUUUUAAACUGCUUAAGGAGAAUUACAAAUUUGUGAACCCUGGAAGACCAAUAAUUGGAAUUGUGCCAGGUGUUGAAGUUGGUGAUGAAUUCCAGUACAGGGUAGAGCUUCUCAUUGUUGGUCUACACCGUCAACUGCAGAAUGGAAUUGAUUGUUUGAAGCAAGACGAUGACACCAUAUUAGCCACUAGUAUUGUGGUCAGGGGGUAUGAUGAUGAUUUUGACAGUUCUGAUGUGUUGAUUUAUUCUGGUCAGGGAGGAGGAGACAAAAAACAUCGUGAACAUCAGAAGCUUGAACGAGGGAAUCUCGGGUUAAAAAACUGCAUAGAAGCUAGGUCACCUGUUAGAGUAAUUCGUGGAUUCAAGGAGGCUAAAAUUUCUGAGGCCCAUGAUGGUUCAAGGCCUAAAAUUUACACAUACGAUGGUCUGUAUCAGGUUGAAAAAUACUGGCCAGAGCUAUUGAAUGGGUACUCUGUGUUUAAGUUCCAGCUGAGAAGAUUGCCAGGACAACCUGAACUUGCCUGGAAAAUUGUGAAGCAGGUAGGAAAAUCGAAAAUACCUACAGCUCGCAAAGGGGUUUGUGUAGGCGAUGUCACUCACGGUGGUGAAAAGAUUCCUAUUUGUGCUGUGAAUACCUUAGACGGUGAGCGUCCUGCACCAUUCAAGUACAUAGACAAAAUGAGGUACCCUGAGUGGUACAACCCAGCCCCUCCCCAGGGCUGUGAUUGUGUUGGUGGAUGCUCUGAUUCUGAGAAAUGUGCUUGUGCUGUCAAGAAUGGUGGGGAGAUCCCUUUCAACCACAAUGGAGCUAUCGUAGAAGCAAAGCCCAUUGUAUAUGAAUGUGGUCCGUCUUGCAAGUGCUCUCGUUCUUGUCAUAAUCGAGUAAGCCAGCAUGGUAUGAGAUACCCAUUGGAGGUUUUCAAGACUGAGACCAGGGGCUGGGGUGUGCGUUCCCUUUCUUCAAUUGCAUCAGGAACUUUUAUUUGUGAAUAUGUUGGAGAGCUGCUACGUGAUACAGAGGCAGAACAGCGUACUGGUAAUGAUGAGUAUCUUUUUGACAUUGGCCAUAAUUAUAAUGACGAGUCACUAUGGAAGGGGGUGUCAAAACUAAUCCCUGAUUUGCACACAAGCGGUUCUUGUGAAGAUGUUGAGGAGGUUGGCUACACAAUUGAUGCUCUGAACUAUGGUAAUGUAGGCAGGUUUAUUAAUCAUAGUUGUUCACCAAAUCUCUAUGCUCAGAACGUCCUUUAUGACCAUGAUGACAAAGCCUUGCCACACAUUAUGUUAUUUGCUGCUGAAAACAUCCCUCCUUUACAGGAGUUAACAUAUCAUUACAACUACAACGUAGGCCAUGUUCAUGAUUCCGAUGGCAACAUAAAGAAGAAAGAGUGCCACUGUGGUUCUCAUGAAUGUACAGGGAGAUUGUAUUGAAGAUAUGUGGUGAUAUUUUGCAUGCCGUUGUUUCUCAUUCCAUGUAAGAGCUAUCAUGUCAUUACAAUGGUCAUGAUUCUGACAGCAGCAUAAAGAAAGAGCACUAUUGUGGUUUUGAUGAAUGCAGGGAAAAUUGCAAUAAAUACUAUGUGGUGAUUUUGCAUGCUGGUUCCGCAUUCAAUGUAUGUUCCUCUAGCACACCAAGCUGUUGCGAGAGCCUGUUGAGCGCAUUGCAAUCUUGCUAACACUGAGAUUGAUGGUCUGCAUGUUCAGCUCUUGAACCCUGAGGUUUCCCAAAUACAUGGGCAAUUGAGAACUCCCGUUAUACCAUCUCCUGUGUCAAGAUCUUUGUGCAUCUGAUCCCUUAUCAACUAUCUGGGGGCUCCUGUAUUGGUGUUGUUGCUCAUCCUGUACAGCAGGUCUGUGUAUGGUCAUAUGUAAAAUCAGCACUCUCAAUUUUUUUGUGCAACAAGGUGGAGAAAAGGAGGUGCGAUUUUUGCCAAAGUGUAAAUAGUUUGUUUGUGUAUGAGCCUGUAUCACUCAAGGCUUCUUUUGCCAGUGUAACCUGAGAUGAGAACAUUAGGUUACAUUGACUUGUCACAUAGUUAAUGAUCAAUAUGCAAGCAAACUCUAUGUCUCCAUCAAAGGAAAAUUAUGGUGAAUUUCCCUGUUAACUUUCAAACAAGGUA